AUGUCAGGUGAUGAACUUAUAAUUGUUUAUGGUUCAAUAUUAAUUCAAUCAAUACUUGUUUAUUAUCAACAAAUAUUUGAACAAAGUACUUUUACACUUCAAUGGACAAGAAAUUUCCCACAAUUUGUUUUAAAUAUAAUUAGAACUAAUAAAGAUCAAAACCUAAUGAAAAAUUUAAUUGAAAUGACAUUUCCGACACAUUCACCAUUAGUAACAAAAUUAUUAAAUGAAUUAUUUCAACAAAUUUCAUCAAAAACUUCACUCAAAUUAAAUGAAUUUCAAUUUGAAAUUCCACAAAAUUCAAGUCAAUAUAAUCUUCAAUGGUUUUUAUCCAAACAUGCAAAAAUAAAUUUUCAUUUUAAUGAUUAUCCAUCAAAACAAAAAACUCUUCAACAUCAAUUUUAUCUUUUUACCGAACAAUUAAAUAAAUUAUGGCAUGAUAAAUCCGAAAAUAUUUUUCAAAAAUUAAAUAUUUCAUUUAUUAAAAGAACGUUUACUACUUAUUUUAAAUUUCCCAUCAAUUAA